UUGUUUACAAGCUGAAGCUCCAACCGUAACACUGGCAGAAGCCAAAGAAAAAUGUCCACUGACAAGCCAUCUCUUGAAGACCAUCAUGCUGGGUCAGGUCCUGUCCAUGCUGAUCUGUGGGACGGCCGUGACUAGUCAGUAUCUGGCAGAAGCUCAUGUGGAGACACCAAUGCUGCAGAGUUUCCUAAACUACGCUCUGCUGUUCCUGACCUACAUCACCACUCUGUCACUCAGGGGAGGCGAUGAGAGCAUUUUUCAGAUUUUGAAAAAGAAGUGGUGGAAGUAUUUGCUGAUGGCAAUCACGGAUAUUGAGGCAAACUACACAGUCGUGAAGGCUUACCAGUUUACUACACUUACAAGCAUUCAGUUGCUGGACUGCUUUGUGAUCCCGGUGCUGAUGGUGCUCUCGUGGUUCUUCCUGAAGACCUGUUACAGGCUGCUACACUUCAUCGCCGUGGUUGUGUGUCUGCUUGGGGUCGGCGCGAUGGUGGGAGCCAACCUGCUUGCUGGAAGACACCAGGGCUCGGACUCUGACGUGUUACUGGGUGACGGCUUGGUGCUGAUCAGCGCUGCUCUGUAUGCCGUGUCUAACUUGUGUCAGGAAUACACAGUGAAGAACCUGAGCAGGGUGGAGUUCUUGGGCAUGAUGGGACUUUUCGGGACACUGAUCAGUGGUGUACAAAUGGCUGGACUUGAGAUUGAAGCGGUCAGUAAGAUCAGCUGGGACUGGAUAAUAUGUCUGCUCUUCCUUGCCUACAUGCUGUGCAUGUACGGCCUGUACAGUUUCAUGCCUGUGGUGGUGAAGAUGACCAGUGCUACAGCAGUGAACCUCUCGCUGCUCACGGCUGACCUCUUCAGUCUCUUUUGCGGCAUUGUACUCUUUCAGUACAAGUUCUCGGUCCUCUACAUUGUGUCAUUUGUGGUGAUCACCGUCGGCUUCAUCCUGUUUAACAUCGUUCCCACCUACACACUAGAUCUACACAAAGCCACCCAGAGUACUUAUGAGAGUAUGGCUACGGCAGAGGUGGUACAGGGAAAUAGAAAGACUGCGCUGGACUGGCAGAAAGCUGGAGAGCAGGACAAGUGUGGACACACAGAACCCUGUACUACUCUCUGUACACUGCCGAUGUACCAACUGUAA